AUGCCUGGCAAGACCACCCCCGCUCCCCGCAUCACCAAGUUCACCAACUGCCGCUUGGUGCGCGGGUCGAGCUUAGUCGAGCAAGACCUCUGGAUCGACUCUCUUACCGGCAAGAUCCUCAAGGACCAAGAGGCCUUUUACGAACUACACCUUUCCCCCGAUGAGAUCAUUGAUCUUGGCGGCCGUAUUCUGGCCCCGGGUCUCAUUGAUGUCCAGUUGAACGGUGCCCAGGGCUUCGACUUCUCCGUCCCCUGUGACACCAAGGAAGAGUAUGAUGAAGGUCUGCGCAUGGUGAACCGCGGCCUCGCUCGCACUGGUGUUACCUCAUACUUGCCUACUGUCGUUAGUUCGACCGCGGAGGUUUAUCACAAGGUCCUCCCCUCCCUCGGCCCAACAGCAACAACCCACCAACCUACCGAUGGCGCCGAAUCCCUCGGUGCCCACGCUGAAGGCCCCUUCAUAAGCCCCGGCCGAAAUGGCAUCCACAAAUCCGAAGUCCUCCUCGCAGCCCAAACCUUCGAAGACCUAAUAACCUGCUACGGCGCGGCAAACCUCGACCCAUCCCCCUCGGGCCCCGACUCUGUCAAAUCCCCCAUCAAAAUGAUAACCGCCGCCCCCGAAGUCGGCAACAUGAUGUCGCAGAUCCCCGAAAUCGCCAAAAGAGACAUCAUCUACGCAAUCGGCCACUCAGACGCCACAUACGAGCAAGCCGUCAGCGCCACCCGCCAAGGCGCAACAAUGAUCACCCACCUCUUCAACGCAAUGCGGCCCUUUUCGCACCGCAACCCGGGUAUCUUCGGCCUGCUGGGUCAGAGUGAGCGCCGCCGUCCCUUCUACGGCGUUAUCGCGGACGGCAUCCACUUGCAUCCUACCUCUAUUAAGAUCGCGUAUAAUGCGCAUCCGGAGGGGCUGGUGCUUGUCACUGAUGCGAUGCGGUUGUGUGGACUUCCUGACGGUGUCUAUGAGUGGACGAAUGGGGAGCGGAUCGUCAAGACGGGUGCGAGACUUACGCUUGAGGGGUCGGAUAAGAUUGCGGGUAGUUCUGCGACACUGAUUGAGUGCCUGAAUAAUUUCCGCAGGUGGAGUGGUGCGUCGACGGCGGAGGCGAUUAAUGCUGCGACGGCUGUGCCGGCGCGGUUGUUGAAGAUGGAGGGUGUGAAGGGGUCGUUGGAUAGUGGGGCGGAUGCGGAUUUGGUUGUUCUCGGGGAGCGGGAUGAUGAGGAUUCUGGGCCGACUUUGACUGUUGAUCAGGUUUGGAAGUUUGGUGCUAAGAUCUUCGAUUCCGAGGUUAAGGGGGGUGUUGUUGUUUAA